AUGGCUGGCAAUGUGUUCAAGCACGUCGCAUCAUGCUUUCAGGUAAUGUGGUUGGUGGCGUUGGCGCCAAACGCUGGUGCAUUGGACGCCAAUGAUGUCCGUGCAGGGCCCCAGGACCUUGACGUAAACUAUGUCGCCGAGAUGUUGGACAAGUUGCAGGUUUUUAUCAAGAAGCAAAGCUACGUCACACACGAGCAUUUCAACAGCGAGUUGAAAAGACUCCGGGGAACUAUGGCGACUUUGGGCGACGCACCAGAUUCCAAGAUCCUGCAGAGAGCAGUGCAGAGCACUGAGAUGGAAAGGAUGGAGGCAGAGGCAGCCGCUUUGGAAGCGAUGCAGUACUACCACACAGUCCGAGCAGCAUCCGGCUCGACAGGUGGUGCGCCCAGCUGUGAUUUUCUGACGUGUGGGCACCAUGCAGUAUGCAAGUCCGAGCAAGACAGGGCAUUCUGUGAAUGCGUUCCGUGCUUCAGCGGCGAUGGCUUUACGUGCCGGCCUUCCAAAUGCCUUGCAGAAACUGUUUAUGCUCCACAGCUUGUAGCGCCAUAUUCUGCCAGCGGCACGAAGCCGGACCCGAUGAUGGCACGUGAUGUCAGUUUGUCGUCAAUCGGCCAGAACGGUUUGGUGGUAGCCGUGCGAGAUGAGCAGCGUGGAAACCGUGGGUUCCUGAGCAUUGGACGCAUGAAGUCCAAUGAGAUCAUCUGGGGAGACUGGCAGCUCUUCUCUGGAGAGUCCCAAGCCUUCGACCUCACCGUAGUUGGAAUGGGCGAGCGCUUGCUCAUUGCAUACAGAGAUUCGGAGAAGAAAGGUGCAGGUUAUUUGGUCAGCGGGCAGCUGGACAGCGCGGACCUGACCGGCUUCAAAGUGCAGAUGGGGCAGCCAUACCUGUUGCACAAGAGCUUGCAGCAGCGGGUGGCGUUGGUGGCAUUGUCAGCGUCUCGGGCCGUGUGCCUUCACGCUGCUGCCGAGAAGAAAGCAGGAAAUGCAUACCUUGUGCAAGCGCAUGCUGGGGGAAUUAGUUUGCUCGGCAAAUAUCACUUUGGAGGUGAGGCGCCGAUCUCUCACAUGGCGACAGCGAAGCUGAGCGAGGAUUCCUUCGUGGUCGCUUAUCGUCAGCAGCCCCCAGACAGUCACGAAAUUGGUCUCACAUCGAAGGAGCUGUCUGCCACUUGGAUGGGAAUAUCCGAUGAUGACUUUCUCAUUGUAAGCCCGCACCAGUUUACACUGGAGCCAGAUCGUCCGGACAUGUACCACCGAGAUGUUGCAUUGGUCUCUCAGAAUUUGUUCGCCUACUCUUACUAUUCUGGUUCGGAGAGGAAGACCAAGAUGUCGUUGGUCCAUGUUGAUCCGGCGUCGCAUUUAAUGACAGCAGUUGGUGAUCCUGUUGUCCUCAGCACUGGCUACAACUCCUUAGUCGGAGCCGUGUCACUGCCUGCGGGACCAGCGACGCCGAGUACGUUCACCUACAUACAGCCUGCUGGCGCCAAGAGCAUUGCAAAGGUCUGCGGUGUGAGCUCGGAGGGCCGGAUAUCUGCUUGCAAGGAUGUGAGCUGGGCAGAGGCAGAAGUGGAGACAGCUACUAGCAUCAAGCUGCCAGACGGUCGCUUGCUCUUCGCUUUUCAAAAAGAAGGGACUGUGCAGACUCGGUUCUUAUCGGCGGAAGAAGCAUCUGCCCAGGACAUCAACAUGGCUGUCGUCUGA